UGACGAGUGCAGCCCCCCAUCAAUUCAUAUACUCUUACCAAUAUAUAUACACAUGAGAAUUAACAGGAAAAGCAAGUCGAAAAUGCUAUACUAAUCCAUCUUGUUUUUCUGUUAACACAAACAAGAAGAAGAGUGAAAAUGGGGGAAACAGGGGAAGCUUCAGCAGUAUCAUUUCCAUCUUUGACAAUUCCACCACGCCCCUCAUUCGAAUCCUUUUUUAACAUGUCUUCUUUCAGCCCAGGUCCAAUGUCCCUUGUUUCCAGUUUCUUGUCCGAACAAAGCCCUGAUUCUGCAAAUUGCCCUUCUUCCUCCCAGCUUUUUCACGGAGACGAAUAUUCUGGAGAUCCUCCAGGGUGUCAAAAAACAUCUGGGUAUAAGCAAAAUCGCCCCGUGAAUCUGGUGUUGGCUCAAUCUCCUUUGUUCAUGAUUCCCUCUGGUUUCAGUCCUUCUGUAUUCCUUAAUUCUCCUGCUCCACUUCAGAGUCCCUUUGGAAUGUCACACCAGCAGGCUCUAGCACAUGUUACAGCACAGGCUGAAUUUUCUACUUCAUUCAUGCAAAUGCAAAUGCAAGCCGAAGAUCAGUGUUCCUCUCUUGUAGCUUCAGCAGAAGCAUUAGGAAAUGAGUUGUCAACUGAUUUAAAGGAAUCUUAUUUGCAGAUGAAGGAGUGUUUGCGAACUAGUUUGGAUAACAAACCAUCAGACAAGCAGUGUAACCAAUUUGAACUGCCAGAGAUUUCUCAAUCUGAGAACAAGACAUCCUUUGGUGUUUACGAUAAGCCAGCUUGUGAUGGUUAUAAAUGGAGAAAAUAUGGCCAGAAAAAAGUUAAGGCUAGUGAAUGCCCUCGGAGCUACUAUAGGUGCUCACAUCUCAAAUGUCUAGUGAAGAAGAAGGUUGAGCGAUCCGUUGAUGGUCACAUAACUGAGAUCACAUAUAAUGGUUGGCAUAACCAUGCUCAACCAACCAAACGAAGAAAAAAUGGUUCUGCUUUGGAUAGUACAGACUGCUCUGGAGUUCGACCAGACAUUAGUACACAUGAUUGGACAGUAAUGAAUAGCUCGGACGGGUCUUCUCCUUCUUGUUCUGACCAGGUUCCGACCCAAAUGGCAUCUGAGCUUCUUGUGAAAAGAGAAUGUGAUGAAAUCAUAAGCAAUUUGAUAGAAGUAGAUGAGGGGCAUGAUGAACCAGAUGCAAAGAGAAUGAAGACGGCAAUUGAGACUGUAGCUUCAUCACAUGUCACAGUAGCUGAAUCCAAGAUUGUUCUGCAGACCACAAGUGAAGUUGAUUUCUUAGAUGAUGGGUACAAAUGGCGAAAAUAUGGGCAGAAGGUGGUAAAGGGGACUCAGCAUCCAAGGAGUUACUAUCGGUGCACAUAUCCUGGAUGCAAUGUUCGCAAACAAGUCGAGAGGGCUUCAACUGAUCCAAAAGCUGUCAUAACAACGUAUGAAGGCAAGCAUAAUCAUGGUAUUCCUACUGUUAUUAGGAAUAGAGGAACGAGGAAUAAAUAGAGCCAAAUGUCACGGUCAACAAAAAUAUUUUGGUUUUUGAAAACAACAAUGAAAUACCCUUGUGUGGAAGGAUUGCAGCAUAAACAGCAUUACCAAAAGUAAAAGGGUGGAAGGAUGCUGUUUGAGCUUCUUACUUCUGUACAAAAAGCUGAUUGUAAGAUCUAUCCUCACAUGCUUGGUCCCAUGAAUUUGUAAAUUCUUCUUCUAGUUUCUAACAUGUCUAAUAAAGCAAAGAAGGGUGUAAUAGUUUGUCCUUGUCAUUGAAGCUUCCUGGGCCAGGCUUCAAACUUUUGUUUGCAUCUCUUUGAUUGAUCCCCUCACCUGAAUCCAUUUUGCUUUUCAGUUUAUUUCCAGUUGUAUUCCGACUAAUAUCAUGGAACCAAGUAGAUGAGAUCAGUUCUUGUUUUAGGAUUAAAGUUAUAUAUAUACACACGGAGAAACUAAGAGAAAUUUUACAUCAUCAAUGCAAUUUAACAUGUCAAAAUCUACUUUUGAAAUAGCGGACAAGUAAAAAUAAAACAAUUAUUUCGCUACAAUGAUUACUCAAUAAUCUGAAGAUAGCGAUGAGUUGUUGAGCAGUUGGCUUUUUUGUUCACUCUUGCUGAACCAACAGGCAGCUCACCAG